AUGAUAUCCAACAACUUGAAAAACAAACAUGCGUUAAUUGAACUCGCUCAGAGCUGGGCCAUUUGUAACGGAUUUAUUCUAAAGAGUCAACGAGGAGCUUCCUUUCAGUCGGAUCCCAUUCCUUUCACUCUCACACCAACACCAAUUCCGAGAAAAGCAUUCGAUAAAGUAGUUACUAUUGCUCCUUUAUUGAAUACUCUUGUUGAUCGAAUGAGUAGAGAUUCUGAAUUCAUCAAUCAAUCCUUGAAUCAAGUCGCACAAUAUGAUGAUUUUGUCAAACGCCUUCUUCAAAUUUACAAUGAAACCAUUCCCAACACUCGUUCCAGCUAUCAGCUAGCCAUUCACCGAUCCGAUUACAUGCUUCACGUGGAUGAAAAGAGUGGAGAACACAUUCCUCAACAAGUAGAGCUUAAUACCAUUUCAUCUGCGUUUGGAGCUCUCGGAGCAACUACUCAUAAACUACAUUCCUAUCUUCAACAAUAUAGAACAUGGCUUGCGAGUGAUUAUCCAGAAGCACCUCUUCAACCCAAUCCAUCUCUUGAGAAUAUCGUGAACGUGAUGCAGUUGGCUCAUCAAACCUUUUUGAACAAUCAUGGUUUGAAUGGAACCACUCAUCAAGAAUUCUCUCAACAACGAACAGGGCCCUAUUUCAUCUUGUUUGUGGUUCAGGAUGGAGAGAGAAAUAUCGGAGAUCAGAAACCCUAUGAGCACAUGCUUUUGGAAAAGUAUGGAGUGUUUGUAUUGAGAAGAAGUAUGAAGGAAUUGAUUGGAAAUGUUGAGUUGAUUCGGGAUGAUGCUGCAACCCAUCAACCUCUACUAUUAGUUGAGAAACAACAUUUGGUGAGUGUGGUCUACUUUAGAUCGGGUUACACUCCUGAUGAUUAUCCAACGGAGGGUGAGUGGGAAGUGAGAAGAAUGAUUGAGGCAUGCGCGGCCAUCAAGUGUCCUUCUGUGGGCGUGCAAUUGGUUGGCACUAAAAAGAUUCAGCAAAUCAUGUAUGAUGAUGCAGUGUUGGAAAAGUUUUUGAGUAAGCAAGAGGCACAAUCUGUGAAACAAGUGUUUACAGGAAUUUACUCAUUGGAAGAUACACAAUCGAUUGAGUUUAUUAGGGAUGCAUUUGAACACUCGGAUGAUUAUGUGCUAAAGCCACAACGAGAGGGAGGAGGUAAUCUUGUCUACGGAGAGACCAUGAAAAAUUAUUUGGACAUUCUUCUGAAUCAUCCCAAUCAUGAACAAUAUGCAGCCAUCAAGUAUACCUAUAUUUUAAUGAGAAAAAUCAAACCUCAACUUCACAAAAAGGACAUUAUAAGACAGGGACAAGUUUCUUCUGGUGACUGUAUUAGUGAGCUUGGUAUUUAUGGAAUCUUUUUGGGCGAUGGUAAGGAAGAGUUGAAGAACAGUCAUGCCGGCUACUUGUUGAGAACCAAAUUAGCGACUUUUCAAGAUGGAGGAGUGGCCUCAGGUGUUGCCUCAAUGGAUUCUAUUUAUCUUUGUGAUUAA